AUGAGACAGCUCGAUAAUCAAAGUAUUAUCGAUGGCAUUGAUGUUUCCAUUGAAAUUCCGCGUUUAGAUGGUGGACCUUUGUUAUGGGAUAUUAUUCAUCGCAUGGAGCAUAAGGUGUUGUGUUCAGAUCCAUUGCAUACAGAACAUUCCGUUUGUCGAUGGAUGAAGCAUUUGAAAUAUUUUGCUUAUUCAGCGCAUGACAAUACACUACAGUCCUUGCUGGCAACAUUCGAUGCUCGCAAAAGGUUAUAUCCGAGUGGAGGAAUACCACAAUUCGCAGCUGCGAUGGCUAUUGAAUUAUGGAGAACUCCGAGCAAUGACUUCACUGUUAAGGUACAUGGAAUCGUAUUCUUGUGA